CUUAAAUCUGAAAAAAAAAAAUUGCUUAUAUUGUAGGGGUUUAAUCAAAACGUAUUGCAAAGCCAAUUUUGUUGAGAUUAUCUUGGUUUCUCUGCUUCAAAGAUAUCGGAUGGCUGAAUCAGAGUUGCAGCAUGAAACUUCCCAUCUUGCACAUGUAAUACGUGAUAUGGAAAAAGAUUUUGAGUUUGCAAUAGGGAUGAUUUUUUCAAAUGAAGUUGAAGCAUAUCAUAAGUAUGUGGCCUAUGCAAUUGGCAAAGGAUUUGGAGUGAGGAAGGAAAAUUUGUCUAGAAAUAGGAAAGGAGAAAUUACUCGACGUACUUUUGUGUGUAAUUGUGAGGGGUAUUCUGUUGGCUCUUCCGAUCAAGAAAAGAAAUUUGAGAGAUAUGAAGUUAGAUGUGGUUGUCUUGUUCGUAUCAAAUUUAAGGUUGAUAAUGGUGUGUAUGAAGUCAUGGAGUAUGUUUCCGACCAUAAUCAUGCAUUUGUCCCGGAUGAUCAAAAGCAUUUGAUUAGAUGUGGAAGAAUGAUAUCCGAUCCUUACAAAGAUGCUUUAGUCGACAUGAUUUCAGCUGGUGUUGGGGGGACUACGGCAUAUAAGGUUUUAGCAAAUAGAGCUGGAGGGAGCAAAAACUUGGGUUUCAUCUUGCGUGAUAGUCAAAAUAUGAUACAGACGGAAAGAUCCAAUGCUAUAAGUGGGGAGAUUGUCAAAGUCUUCUAA